AUGGAGAACGCUAAUUUAUGGACUCGAAGAUCUAACUCUGCAAAACUCUCCUUGUCGACGUCCGGCUCUGAUAGUAAAGACGGUGCUGGAAAGUCGGAUUCAUCUCGUGGUCGUUCCGCAGGCCGCUUCGACGGCUCGCACCCUCGCUCAAACCCAUUCAACGCCAUAUCGCCUCUCUCUUCUACAGUCUCUUCCCCCUCCGUGGCCGCAUCAUCUGCCUUUGGGCUGGGCUCAGGCGCCUUCGCUUCAUUCGGAUCGACGGCGAAGUCGUCUAAGACCGCCAACUCCCCUGACGCUAUCGCCGGUAAACAACAAGGCGAUAAGCGAGAUAUACAAGCCGACCAGGAAGGCGGGGCUUGGAAACCAGUCAAGUCAAAGGCGUCUUCGUCUUCUCUUGACAAGUCCGCGUCUUCGGCCAAUAAGGAUAACGGAGUGAGGGAGCUUCCGCUCAAGUCUACGUGGAUUGUCUGGUACCGUCCUCCGACACCCAAGUACUCUGAUUACGAGAAAUCUACUAUCCCUCUCGCCUCUAUAUCUUCCGUUGAGAGCUUUUGGACCGUUUAUUCACACCUCAAACGACCUUCCUUGCUACCGACUGUAUCGGACUACCAUAUAUUCAAGAAAAACAUUCGUCCUGUAUGGGAGGAUGAGGCCAAUAAAAAGGGCGGCAAAUGGAUUAUCAGGCUGAAGAAGGGAGUUGCGGAUCGAUAUUGGGAAGAUCUGCUCCUGGCAAUGAUUGGGGAUCAGUUUGCCGAGGCAAGCGAUGAGGUCUGCGGCGCGGUCCUCAGUGUCAGGAGUGGGGAGGACGUUCUGAGUAUAUGGACCAAGAUCGAUGGUGGCCGCAACAUCAAGAUCAGGCAUGCUACAUUUAGUUCCACUUCUUGUUUUGGCCGUAGAAUACGAUGGCUAACAUCGAUGCACAGGGAAACCAUUAAGCGUCUUCUUGCCUUCCCCCCGGAUACAAACAUCAUCUGGAAAAGCCAUGAUGACAGCAUAGCACAGAGAUCAGCUAUAGACCAAGCGCGCCUGGAUAAAUCCAGCGGCAAUUCCGGUCACCACCACCAUCAUCACCACAAUCAAGGUGCUGACCGCCGCCGCAUCGCCAACCAGGAAGAUUCCACUGGCGAAAGGGGUAAGAAUACCACGAAUUCUUAA